AUGACUCCCCGCGCCAGAGGAAGCCAGGCGCAGAGCAUGACUCCCCGCGCCAGAGGAAGCCAGGCGCAGAGCAUGACUCCCCGCGCCAGAGGAAGCCAGGCGCAGAGCAUGACUCCCCGCGCCAGAGGAAGCCAGGCGCAGAGCAUGACUCCCCGCGCCAGAGGAAGCCAGGCGCAGAGCAUGACUCCCCGCGCCAGAGGAAGCCAGGCGCAGAGCAUGACUCCCCGCGCCAGAGGAAGCCAGGCACAGAGCAUGACUCCCCGCGCCAGAGGAAGCCAGGCACAGAGCAUGACUCCCCGCGCCAGAGGAAGCCAGGCACAGAGCAUGACUCCCCGAGCCAGAGGAAGCCAGGCACAGAGCAUGACUCCCCCGCGCCAGAGGAAGCCAGGCACAGAGCAUGACUCCCCGAGCCAGAGGAAGCCAGGCACAGAGCAUGACUCCCCCGCGCCAGAGGAAGCCAGCCACAUAGGUUGUCAAGGUGUCAGUCUGCACACUGCAAGGAUUAAAAGUAUAAGUGAUAACUGCCGCUCAAUAUAA